AAAAUUAAAAAACGAAGAAAAAUAAAAAAAUAACAGAAUUUAUAAAAACAAUAAAAUUAAGUGAGUAUAGUAUCAAAACAUUAAAGAUUAAUCAAAAGAAGAAGAAGAAAAAAAAAAUUAAUGCUUAGCGGAGGUUAAUUAUUUGUGAUAUAUAUAUAAAUAUAUCUAUAUAUAUAUAUAUAUAUUAUAAUGCGAUCAGCAGUAAAUGUCGAAUUAAUUGGAAUUUAUGUACUUCGACUUCUCUGUUGGUGUUGCGCUGAAGUAAUUGCGGGUGGUGGUGCAUUGGACAGUUCAUCUGGAUAUCAUGCAAAAUCAAAUGAGGCAUCACAUCAUAUUCGUUCGACGACAUUCUCGCCAACAUUUGCUAAGGGUAUCGCUCAAGCUGUUGCUCAUGAUGCCUUACAGUCUCCUGUGGAUACUUGUAAUGAUGAUUUAGCAUGCAUAACAAUGGCAUCACACGAUCGUUUAGGCUUAGAGGCUAUCAGAACGUUACAUAGUCAAUUGGAUGAUGAUGCCGAUGGUGAUGUCGAUUUGUCAGAGUCUGAUGAUUUUCUCAGGGAAGAAUUACAGUAUGAAGCUGGUUACGAACGACGUCAACGUGCUUUUCAUCAUAAUGAUGAUAUGCAUAUUAGUGUUAGGGAAUUAUGGGAGGCUUGGUUGAGAUCUGAAGUUCAUAAUUGGACAAUCGAACAGACUUCUGAGUGGUUGACUACAAAUGUUGAGCUUCCGCAAUAUGUUCCAAACUUUAUACAACAUCGUGUUACAGGAGCAACACUUCCUAGACUGGCUGUGAAUAAUAUGCACUAUCUUAAUAAUGUUUUGGGCAUUAAAGAUCCUAUCCAUAAACAAAAGAUUGCACUGAAAGCUAUGGAUGUUGUAUUAUUUGGACCGCCUAAAGAUACCGGCCAUAGCUUAAAGGAUCUUAUAUUAAUUACAUUGUUGUUUGGAGCGCUAAUUGGAUGUUGGUAUGUUUAUCAGCAAAAAAAAAGUUCACAGAAGCAUUUAAAACGAAUGAUGAAAGAUAUGGAAGGUCUUCACAAAGCCGAAUUAGCAUUAGAAGAUUUACAGAAAGAGCUUGAGAGAGCCAGAUUGGAGCAAGAAAAUGCUACAACAGCCAAACAAAAUCUAGAAAAAAGACUUCAAGACGAAAGUAUGAGUUUACACACGUCGUAUUCAGAUUUAGAAGUUUCACAAUUAAAAGCUGAAAUCGAGAUGUUAAAAAUGGAACUACAGCGCGCUGAAGGAGAAUUAGAAGAUCGCUGUUGGUCACCACCAGUUGGGCUGCAGCACUGGUUACAAUUAACUCAUGAAAUUGAAAAUAAAUCUUAUACAAAGAAAAAAAUAUCUGCAGAGAAGCAAUUGCAACAAGCUCGAGAAGCAUGUGAAAAAUUACGCAAAAAACGAUCAAGUUUAGUGGGAGCAUUCGUAUCGACUCAUGGAAAAUCAAUUGAUGAAGUUGACAAGAGUAUUGUUGAAGCAAGAACGGCUCUGAAUGAAGUGACCGCUGAAUUACAGGAACGGGUACAUCGUUGGAAACAAAUCGAGCUUCUCUGUGGAUUCAACAUUAUCAACAAUAACGGAUUGAGUUAUCUUGAAAAUAUUUUGUAUCGUGGCGCGCCAAAUGGACGCAGCUUAGCAUUACGAGGACGAAUAAGCAGUAGUCAAGACGACCUAGACGAUGACGGAGGUUCAUUGUACGCACAAUCAAUUUCUGGUGCAGCAGGUGGCUUAGAAAAUAUUAGCUGGAAGGAAUCAUCUUUACCACCAGAUUCGUCAAGUAGUGAAACAGGAAAAGAAACACCACCAGAAGUACAUUUUACAUUAGGAGAUGAUGAUUCAACACCACUGUCAUCAUCUAAAGCAUCAUUAAUUUGUGAUAAAUCAUCAAUAGCUCGUUCAUUUAGUCAAGAUGCAAAUAUUUCGACUAAUGAUGAUACUAGAAACAGUAUAUCAUCAUUUUCGAAGACUUCACUUUCUGAUAAUUCACUUUUGGAUUCUUCAGAUAAAAAAAUUCAAAAGAGCUUGCGUGAGUUACCAACUGUCAUGUCGGUUGAUGAUGAAACGCAGUCAACCGACUCAAAUUCAACUGCUGACAAUGAUGAAUUAAAACGACGACGAAGAAAAUUAUUUCCCGCAUUCAGAAAAAAUAAAGGAAAAAACACGUGAUUUUUAACACAAAUUUCAAUUAAAUAAAUUCAAUUGAUAAUAAAAUUAGCGCUUCCAUUAAAACUUGAGCCAAUUUUUUUUUUUAGAAUUUUUAAUGUUAAUUAUAAAUUUAAAAAUAAUCAAAGUUUUUUUGCAAGUGCAAUUGGCAAAACUUUAAGCAAUAAUUUUUACUAUAAUUCAGUAAAGAGAGUGUAAAAUUAACUUAUUAAAAUGAUUUGACCGUCGGGUUUUAUUAAAAUUCUAAAAUUUAUUAAUUUUAACCGAAUUUGUAAAUCAAACAAUAUUUAUUUUAAAUUUCCAAAAAGAAAAGAUUUUUUUAUCUUACUUCAAAUUGAAUUAACUCAAACGUACGUAAACUUUUUACAUAGGUUUUGGUAAUGUCAUGGAAAUAAAUACUUAUUCGCAUACGUGAUAUUAUGUAUAAUCGUUACAAUUACAUCUGACUUUAUUAAUAAUGGUCAUGAUCAUAAAAUUCAUAAAAGUUAUUCUAGUGAGCAAUGUAAAAAAAAAAAAAAAAUUAAUAAUGUUUGCAAGCAUUUUGAAUAAUUUGGAAUUUCAAUUUUGUUGAUGGUAAAUAACCGUUUAAUAAAAUUGUUUCAAAUCUUCGAGGGAAAUCAUAACUUAGAUAUAAAUAGACCAAAUUUGUUCAAUUUUUAAGAUCAAUAAAUAAGCCUACAAAGCUUCCAUUGAUCUUUAAGAUGGAAUAAAUAGUUUACACAAAUCUAAUCACAAUUAUUUCCUAUAACAUUAUAGAGUAAUUGUACUAAAAAGUAGGUUUUUAAAUAAUUCAUCUAAAAUUUAUGGUAAUAAUUAAAUUAUAAAGAGUUGUACCUCAUAAUUUCGAUGAAAAUGACAAUAUAAAUAAGAAAGAUUUUCUUCUUUGAAAAUAUUAGGAUACAUCGAUUUUGAUUUUAAAACAUAAUCUUGGUAAUAGGUAAAAUAAUUGUCUAAAAAAAAAAAAAAAAAAAAAAAACCAUUUGCAAUAUAAUAUUAAAUUGAUAAUUACUAAGAGAUAUUUAUAAACUUAGUAUUAAUUUAAUUGAUAUAUAAUGUUUAUAAUUUAUCAGUAAGAAGUUUAAAAUAAUUGAUUCUAAUAAAUAAUUGUAUAUUGAAAACAAUAAAACAUUAUUCUUAUAAUAGAACGGCAUUCUCAUUUGUACAAAUAAAUUGUAAAAAAUUGUACAUAAGAGAGAGUUAAUUUCAAAAUCACCGCAUCGAAAUAUAUGAUAACUUUUAAUAACUCAAGAUAAAACUUUGUAUUAAUUUAUUCUUGAAAAAGCUCAGAAUUUCUGGCACAAACUAAAAUCAGAAAAUGUAACUCAAUUUUUAGCAUGGAUUUUUUG